CCACAUAGAGUAGUUGCCUCGUUUGAUUGCCAAGAAAAGAGGAAGAGGAGAACCCCUGAGAUCAUCGUCAUCAAUACUCACUUUUACUUUUUACGGACUCUCUUUGAUUUGAUGAUGAUGAUGACUUAAAGAUGAAAUGGAUGGAAUCAGAGCGUUCACCGCCACCGUUUUUGAUGUCGCUAAUCGAGUUUACAUGAGCUCCAGCUCGCCGUUGAUUAGUCAGCGUCAGUCUGGAUUGCAUUUCAAUGACCAUGAUCACCGUUUUUCUUAAAACCCUUGAAAAAUCUCACCCGCGGAUUGUCUUGAUUCUUACUCAUGGACCCUGCCACCUCUCGCCCUGCUGUGGUUAUCGAUAAUGGGACUGGGUAUACGAAAAUGGGUUUUGCUGGAAAUAUGGAACCGUGUUUUAUAGUCCCCACGGUGGUGACAGCGAACGAGUCAUCUAUCGCUCAGCCACGAACUGGUACUAUAAAGAGCAGCAAUUGGUUGGUGCAGCAUAACGCGGGAGUGAUGGCGGAUCUAGAUUUUUCUAUAGGAGACGAGGCAUUGUCUAGAUCUAAAUCUAGUGGCACUUCUAACUUGACCUACCCUAUUAGACAUGGCCAGGUUGAUGACUGGGAUGCAAUGGAGAGGUUCUGGCAGCAGUGUAUAUUUAAUUAUUUGCGCUGUGAUCCGGAGGAUCAUUAUUUUUUGUUGACAGAGAGUCCAAUGACUGCGCCUGAGAGUCGGGAGUAUACUGGUGAGAUAAUGUUUGAGACCUUUAACGUUCCAGGCCUUUACAUUGCAGUGCAGCCUGUGCUUGCUUUGGCUGCUGGGUACACAGCAUCCAAGUGUGAGAUGACAGGAGUGGUUGUGGAUGCGGGGGAUGGCGCUACUCAUGUUGUGCCUGUUGCCGAAGGUUAUGUUAUUGGGGGCAGCAUUAAAUCGAUUCCAAUUGCAGGGGAAGAUAUCACGCUCUUCGUCCAGCAGCUCUUGAGAGAAAGAGGAGAGCUUGUUCCACCUGAGGAGUCCAUUGAAGUAGCCAGGAAAGUGAAAGAAAUCUAUUGCUACACUUGUUCUGACAUUGUCAAGGAGUUCAACAAGCAUGACAAAGAGCCGGCAAAAUAUGUUAAGCAGUGGACAGGUACUAAGCCAAAGACAGGGGCUCCAUAUUCUUGUGAUAUAGGCUAUGAACGAUUCCUUGGCCCCGAGCUAUUCUUCAACCCUGAAAUUUAUAGCUCUGAUUUUUCCACCCCUUUACCUGACCUGAUUGACAAAUGUAUUCAGUCCGCACCAAUAGAUACAAGAAGAGCCUUGUACCAGAAUGUUGUAUUAUCUGGAGGGUCAACCAUGUUCAAAGGCUUCCACAAAAGGUUGCAGCGGGAUCUAAAGAAGAUCGUUGAUGCUCGAGGCUUUGCAUCAGAAGCUCGGCUUGGUGGAGAAUUUAAGGCAAAACCUGUGGAAGUAAAUGUUCUCAGCCAUCCUGUCCAGAGAUAUGCAGUUUGGUUUGGAGGUUCAGUGCUAGCAUCCACACCUGAGUUUUUCACGGCAUGCCACACCAAAGCAGAGUAUGAGGAACGUGGAGCAAGCAUAUGCCGCACAAACCCAGUUUUUAAAGGGAUGUAUUGAUUUGAAGACCAAUCAAACUUAUGGCUUAUUCACAUUGGCCUGAAGGGAAAGUUGAUUUUUUUUGCCAGCAUAUUCGUUUAUGCAGCUGGAUGUGCUUUCAUGUAUUCUUUACAGGUCAGGUUGCUGGAGGCUAAUGUACUUACAAUUUGAAUCUAUAGUGUAACAAACGGAUAUUCUUGUAUUCUUUCAGUAGGAAGCAACAAUUAUUGGAAGAGCUAGUUGUGUGGCUGUUGCUGUUUUCCAUGGACGAGAACACUAGUGGUUCAAAUUGGCUGGAAGGCUGAAUGUCAUUUCCAGAAUUGAGCUCAGUUGAGGUGAAUGUGGAUAUUUGGUUUAAU